AUGGGGCCCGAGGACGGGACCAAGGGCUGGCACUGUGGCCCGGAGCCCAGCCGCUGGGCAGCUGGCAGCCACUCCGCUGGGGAACACCACGGACCCCCCUCUCUGUGCGGCCUCAUCCGGGGCCAGCGUGCCGACCGUGCCCUGUCCUGGGAAGGCCAGGACCACACGGAUGGGCAGAUCCUGGGCCAGCUGCGCCCCCUGGCAGAGGAGGAGGAGGAUGGGGCCGCCCAGUCCGCGAGGCCUGCCUUCCCCGGGAUGGGCUCCGAGGAGCUGCGGCUGGCCUCCUUCUACGACUGGCCGCCGAGCGCUGCGGUGCCUCCGGAGCUGCUGGCCGCCGCCGGCUUCUUCCACACCGGCCAGCAGGACAAGGUGAGGUGCUUCUUCUGCCACGGGGGUCUGCAGUGCUGGGAGCAAGGUGACGACCCCUGGACCGAGCACGCCAAGUGGUUCCCCAGCUGUGAAUUCCUGCUCCGGACGAAGGGAAGGGACUUUGUCUGCCGCGUCCAGCAGUCUUGUUGCCGCCUGCCGGGCUCCUGGGACCGUUUGGAGGAACCAGAAGACGCAGGUCCCGCCGCCCGCCCAGGUGAGCCGGCGCCUGUCCACCCGGGGCUUGAGUUGCCCACGCCCAGCAGAGAAGCCCAGGGGGAAGGCGCCAGGGAGGCAGAACCGGGUGGAACCCGGGCCCAGAGGGUGCCGCUGGCUCUCGAGCCCCCAGGAGCCCGAGACGCGGAGGAGCAGCUGCGGCGCCUGCAGGAGGAGCGCACGUGCAGGGUGUGCCUGGACCGAGCCGUGGCCGUCGUCUUCGUGCCCUGUGGCCACCUGGUCUGCACCGACUGCGCACCCAGCCUGCAGCUGUGCCCCAUCUGCAGAGCCCCCAUCCAUAGCCGCGUGCGUGCCUUCCUGUCCUAG